AUGGCUCAUCAGUGUCACAGCAACACCCUCUUCACUCAGCUGCUUAUCAGCAGGAACUGCAUCCCACUUUGUAAGCGCAUCAAGAGCAUCCCACACCGGACAGAACCGGACCGAACAGACCACAAACACAUUGAACCUUGCACCUGUUCCUACGACUUAUUCUUGGUGUUUAUGAGAGAAGAGGCGGGAGGAGAGGAGAGGAGGAGGGAGGAGAGAGGAGUAGGAGGGAGAGGAGUGAGAGGAGUAGGAGGAGAGGAGAGAGGAGUAGGAGAGGGAGAGGAGAGGGAGGAGUUUGUGUUAUAA